GGUCUUGAUCUCUUGACCUCGUGAUCCACCCACCUCGGCCUCCCAAUGUGCUGGGAUUAUAGGCAUGAGCCACCACGCCUGGCCUAAAACUCAGCUUUUAAAGAGAGCAUAGAAUACCUAAUUUAUAGACACAUACCAUUUCACUUAUGAAAAAUAUCAUAGAUCUUUAAAGUUGAAAAGAGAUCCUAAAGUUUAUUUACCUCUACUAUUUUACAGAGAGGAAGAAAUUUUGUCCUAGAGAGGUAAAGUUACCUACUCCGUUUAUAUGGGAGGUUAUUUUCAAAAAGAUAUUAGAACUUCAAGAAUAAUGUAUUUGUGGCCUUGGACAUGAGGCAGUCAGUCCUCUGUUGCUGUUAACAUAAGGUCAGGGACUGAUGAGGAAAGCAUGGACCUAAUGAACGGGCAGGCAAGCAACGUCAAUAUUGCAGCUACUGCUUCUGAGAAAAGUAGCAGCUCUGAAUCCUUAAGUGACAAAGGUUCUGAAUUGAAGAAAAGCUUUGAUGCUGUGGUAUUCGAUGUUCUUAAGGUUACGCCAGAAGAAUAUGCGGGUCAGAUAACAUUAAUGGAUGUUCCAGUAUUUAAAGCUAUUCAACCAGAUGAGCUUUCAAGUUGUGGAUGGAAUAAAAAAGAAAAAUAUAGUUCUGCACCAAAUGCAGUUGCCUUCACAAGAAGAUUCAAUCAUGUAAGUUUUUGGGUUGUUAGAGAAAUUCUUCAUGCUCAAACAUUAAAAAUUAGAGCUGAAGUUUUGAGCCACUAUAUUAAAACUGCUAAGAAACUAUAUGAGCUGAAUAACCUUCAUGCACUUAUGGCAGUGGUUUCUGGCUUACAGAGUGCCCCAAUUUUCAGGUUGACUAAAACGUGGGCGUUAUUAAGUCGAAAAGACAAAACUACAUUUGAAAAAUUAGAAUAUGUAAUGAGUAAAGAAGAUAACUACAAAAGACUCAGAGAAUAUAUAAGUAGCUUAAAGAUGACACCUUGCAUUCCCUAUUUAGGUAUCUAUUUGUCAGAUUUAACAUACAUUGAUUCAGCAUACCCAUCAACUGGCAGCAUUCUAGAAAGUGAGCAAAGAUCAAAUUUAAUGAAUAAUAUCCUUCGAAUAAUUUCUGAUUUGCAACAGUCUUGUGAAUAUGAUAUUCCCAUGUUGCCUCAUGUUCAAAAAUAUCUGAACUCCGUUCAGUAUAUAGAAGAACUACAAAAAUUUGUGGAAGACGAUAAUUACAAGUAGGUUGGAUCUUCAAAAGUGGUUUGUAUAACUUUGUCCUGUCCUCCACCUUUCUAUCCCUAUGUAUUUAAACAUCUAAAUCCUAUGUGGUAUCAAACAAAUGCCUAAUCCACUGGUAGGUUUACAGCAGUAAAGGUACUAACAUAUAAGUAUUUUUAAUCACUUGUUAGGAUUGACCCAAUAUACAAAUAACUCUUCUGUUUUUU